UCCGCGGCGGAGACACCGACAAAAUGGCGGCGCCGAACUGAGAGGCCCGUGGCGGCGGCGGCGGGCGCUGGCGGAGGGACAGAGGAGCCGCUGCCGGCAUUGCGGAGGGCCGCGGCGGUCGUCUCCUCGCGGGCGGGGCUGAAGCCGAGCUCUGUGCGCCCACGCCCGGAGCGCUGCCGCCGCCGCCUUCUCGCCGCAGGAUAGAAGUUCUGGGUUCUGACAAACUCCAGCACUAGAGGAACCAUGGUUUCACAGUGAAGAGCCACUGCUUUCACAAGUUCUGAAACUACCAGCCAGCCAUCCUUGAAUUUUGGUGUAUGUGAGUCCUUGGUGGAGGUUGUAUAUAUACAUGUUUUCAUGAAGAGAAGUGAGAAACCAGAAGGUUAUAGACAAAUGAGGCCUAAGACUUUUCCUGCCAGUAAUUAUACUGGCAGCAGCCAGCAGAUGCUACAGGAAAUACGAGAGAGCCUCAGGAAUUUACCUAAACCCUCAGAUGCUGCUAAAGUUGAUCACAGCAUGGGCAAGAUGUUAUCUGAAGAUCCUAGACAAGGCCGAAAUCCCCCCAAAUUUGUAACAUACCACAAAGUUUUGCAGGAGAUCAGAAACUCACUUCUGCCUUUUGCAAAUGAAACAACCUCAGCUGUGAAAGGAACUUCAGAAGUUAAUCGACAGAUGCUGCAAGACUUACAAGCUGCUGGCUUUGAUGAGGAUAUGGUUAUACAAGCUCUUAGACAAACUAACAAUCGUAGUAUAGAAGCUGCCAUUGAAUUUAUAAGUAAAAUGAGCUACCAGGAUCCGCGUCGGGAACAGAUGGUUGCAGCAGCAGCAAGACCUGUAAAUGCAGGUAUGAAACUGCCAGGGACUGUACAGCAAUCAGUUAACCGCAAGCAGAGCUGGAAGGGUUCUAAGGAGUCCUUGGUUCCUCAGCGACAUGGCCCUUCCCUGGGAGAUGGUGUUGUUUAUCGCUCAGAAAGUCCCAGCUCUCAGCCUGAUGUAGGGAGACCGUUAUCUGGAUCUGGCAUUGCAGCUUUUGCUCAGGCUCAUCCUGGCAACGGGCAAAGAGUGAACCCCCCACCUCUACCACAGAUAAGGAGUGUCACUCCUCCUCCUCCACCUCCUCGGGGACAGACGCCCCCUCCAAGGGGAACUACUCCUCCACCUCCUUCCUGGGAACCAAACUCUCAGACGAAGCGUUACUCUGGAAACAUGGAGUACGUGAUCUCCCGUAUUUCCCCAGUGCCACCAGGAGCGUGGCAGGAUGGUUAUCCACCUCCACCUAUGAAUCCUCCACCCAUGAAUUCUUCCACGCAGGGUCAGAGAGGCAUGAGCACUGUCCCCAUUGGCAGGCAACCCAUAAUCAUGCAGAGUUCUGCCAACAGCAAAUUUAGUUUUCCUUCAGGAAGAGCUGGAAUGCAAAAUGGCAGUUGUCAGACAGAAUUCGUAGUUCACCAGAACGUGGUGUCUGGAAACUCAGUGAGUCGCCAGCCACCUCCAUACCCCAUGAAUCCAACUAACAGGCAAAGUCCCACAGCACUACAGAUGCAGGCAGGAGGAUCUGCUCCUCCUUCAGCAUACACCAAUGGGAAUCUGCCUCAGGCAAUGAUGGUGCCAAAUAGAAAUAGUCACAACAUGGAACUUUAUAAUACAAAUGUAGCUGGAAUACCUGCGUCCUGGUCACAGCCUUCCCCAGUGCAGCCACAGUCCUCACCUGGUAAUGGGCAUGACAUGCCUACAUGGCAGCCUAAUCUUCCUGUACGGUCAAAUUCUUUCAACAACCAUCACGGAAGCAGGCAAAGUCAUUCUGGCAGCUCUCAGCCUUCAGCUACAACAGUAACAGCUAUAACACCAGCUCCCAUUCAGCAACCAGUAAAAAGUAUGCGUGUGUUAAAACCAGAGCUACAGACUGCAUUAGCACCCACUCACCCUUCUUGGAUGCCACAACCAGUACAGACCGUUCAGGCCAUUCCCUUCUCUGAGAGUCCAUCUACAAAUAUGGCAGUUAUGCCUCCUGUUGCAGAGGCUCCAAACUACCAGGGUCCUCCACCACCUUACCCAAAACACUUGUUACACCAGAAUCCCUCUAUCAAUCUGUAUGAGACAGGGCCCAAGCUCAACAAGGAGGAACCACCUAUUUUAUCCAAGGAGGAUGAGAGUGAAAAGAAUUGUGAAUGUGUUGAUUCAACGGAUAAAGAAAAGAAACAAAUUACAACAUCACCUGUUCCUGUUAGAAAAAACAAGAAAGAUGAAGAAAGAAGAGAGUCUCGCAUUCAAAGCUAUUCCCCUCAAGCCUUUAAAUUCUUCAUGGAGCAGCACGUGGAGAAUAUACUCAAGUCACAUCAGCAGCGUUUGCAUCGGAAAAAACAACUAGAGAAUGAAAUGAUGCGGGUUGGAUUGUCACCAGAAGCCCGAGAUCAAAUGAGGAAAAUGUUGUGCCAGAAAGAGUCUAAUUAUAUUCGGCUAAGAAGAGCUAAAAUGGACAAGUCAAUGUUUGUAAAAAUUAAAACCCUGGGAGUUGGUGCGUUUGGAGAAGUUUGCCUAGCAAGAAAAGUGGAUACUAACGCUUUAUAUGCAACAAAAACUCUGAGGAAAAAAGAUGUCUUGCUUAGAAAUCAAGUUGCUCAUGUUAAAGCUGAGCGGGAUAUCCUUGCAGAAGCUGAUAAUGAAUGGGUGGUUCGCCUGUAUUAUUCAUUCCAAGAUAAGGACAAUUUGUACUUUGUAAUGGACUACAUUCCAGGAGGUGAUAUGAUGAGUCUCCUAAUUAGAAUGGGUGUCUUUCCAGAAAAUCUGGCACGGUUCUACACAGCAGAACUAACUUGCGCAGUUGAAAGUGUUCAUAAAAUGGGCUUCAUCCACAGAGAUAUUAAACCUGACAAUAUCUUGAUAGACCGUGACGGUCAUAUCAAACUGACUGACUUCGGGCUCUGUACAGGUUUUCGAUGGACCCACGAUUCAAAAUACUACCAGAGUGGUGAUCACGCACGGCAAGACAGCAUGGAUUUCAGCAGCGAAUGGGGAGACCCAGCAAACUGCAGGUGCGGAGAUCGGCUGAAGCCACUCGAACGCAGGGCUGCACGUCAGCAUCAGCGCUGUCUGGCCCAUUCCCUUGUUGGCACGCCCAACUACAUUGCUCCAGAAGUACUGCUACGAACAGGUUACACGCAGUUGUGUGACUGGUGGAGCGUUGGAGUAAUACUCUUUGAAAUGUUAGUGGGGCAGCCUCCAUUCCUGGCACAAACACCACUGGAAACACAAAUGAAGGUGAUCAACUGGCAAACUGCACUUCAUAUUCCACCUCAAGCUAAAUUGACUCCAGAGGCCUCCGACCUCAUUAUUAAACUCUGCCGAGGGCCAGAAGAUCGUUUAGGCAAAAACGGUGCAGAUGAAAUAAAAGCUCACCCAUUUUUCAAAACAAUUGAUUUUUCAAGCGAUCUACGGCGGCAGUCUGCCUUCUACAUUCCCAAAAUUGCUCAUCCUACGGACACGUCGAACUUUGAUCCAGUUGAUCCAGACAAAUUGUGGAGUGAUGAUGACAAGGAAGGGAACAGAAAUGAUACGCUUAAUGGGUGGUACAAAAAUGGAAAACAUCCCGAACAUGCUUUUUAUGAGUUCACCUUCCGAAGGUUUUUUGAUGACAAUGGCUAUCCGUACAACAAUCCAAAGCCCAUUGAGUAUGAGUAUGGUAGUUCCCAAAACUCGGAACAGCAGUCAGAUGAUGAUGAUGAUGGUGAUCAGGCAGGUAGAGGAGUUCAAAAUCGUGAUCUGGUUUACGUUUAGUAGAGGAAUAAGGGUUAAAAGUGAAAUAACCGUAUUUUGCAGCUGCAGUUUUUGAAAAGUCUCUUUAAGAGAUUCAAGAGAAGAUUGCUAGGGUAAAUACAUGCGUGCUUUUUUUUCUUAUUAAACACUAAGAGAAUCGUGUCCUUCCCUCUCUGUACAUUUUGUUUCCUCAGAAUAGAGGGAAGUUCUUCUCAAACAUUAAUUUAUUCCAGCACUGUUAAUUGUUUAAUUUAGAAGUGAUUUGAUGUUAGGUGACAAAAAAAUAUUGAAUUUUAUUAUUGGUUCUCUGUACUCUAAGUACUCAAAAUAGGAAAUAGUGAUUUUUUUUUUUUUUUAAUAUUAUUUUUUCUUGCUAUGAUGAUGCCUGGUAUCUAUUUGUACAUAUACUGAAUCAUUUUAGAAAACAGAUCUCUGCUUCAAAGUUCUUAAUGACAGUUCUUCUUUUCAUUGAGCAAAUAUAAAACCUACUUUACACUAAUAAAGCUCUCUGAUACACUUCUUGAGAAAGAAAGAAAAAAACAAAGGCUGCUGUACCCUCGUUUCUGGCUCUAUUUAGCCUAAUUAUUCACAGCAUUGGAAAAACAGCCAUCUUUCUGGUGAAAUGUUUCCAGCUGCUGUAGUAGUGUCAUAGUUCUCAGCUUUGGAACAAGAAAGUGUCAGUCUUGGCUAUGGUAUGAUUGUAAAGUGAUUACGCAUUAGAACGACAUUUUUAUUAAACGAUAAUUGAAGUUGACAUUAGUAAUGCUGUAGCGUGUAACUGGUAUUCUCAAAGCAGAAGGACUGCUCACUUGGAGACAACUUGAUUGUCUCCUGUCAUCAGUCCUUCUACAGCUAUGAAAUGAAAAGGAGCUUUAGGAAAAACACUUUCUGAAAUCCAGUUUAGUUUUCUGACUAUGAGCAAACUGUACACUUUGUGCAGUUGUGCUUUAGUUGGAUUUAGUUUGAAAAAUACAUUUUAGAAUAGUCUCUAUUAUGUUUACAAGUUAUAGCUUUUGGGUCUGUUGUUGUGGAGACUUGGCUUUAAUAGUUUUUCUCCUUGCACAGACAAUGAGGAGAAAUGUCAUGCAGAGUCCAUCUGAGCCGUGUACAGUUUCAGUGGUCCAUCUUUCACAGCCCCGUUCAAAACAGAAUUAGGAACUUAUGGCUGUGUCUGCUGCCCUCUGUGCUAAGUUUUCGUGAUUUCCCACAGCAGGUGAGCAGGCAUCCCUUUGGAUGGGAUGAGUAGGAGGGUAGUGAGCCUGUUGUGGUUAGUGGGGGCAAAGAGGGAAGCAACCCCUCUAAGCAGCUUUCCUGAGACGAGACCAAGAGUUACAGGUGAGAGGCAGAAAGAAUUUUUUUUUUCUCUCUCUCCCCGCUCGUUUCUUCUGAAGUUAGCACAGUGGUAAAGAAAAUGCACUACUUUUACUAAACUUGUCUUUUAAAACAUUUCCUCCUCCUGGACUUGAAUUCCAAUGGAUAAUCUAAUCAUGUGCUUGUAAGCAUUACCAUUUUCUUUAUUAUUUGUGCUUUGUGGCUAUCUAAGCAUCUGAAAUUGGUGUUUGAAGCUGUUCUUGCACCAAACACCAGUUACUAGCUUACUUUUCCUACCAAGCCAGUCUCAGAAAUUCUUAUGCACUUAAGGCCGUUAAUUCCCUUUCUGUGCAAAAAUUCAGUGUCUCUUCUUGACAGUGGAACUGUCUGGUAUUGUGCUCAAUACUGGAUCCAUGAAAAAAAAGUACUUGGUGUGUAGUGUUUGAAGGUUUCUUUUUUUUGUAAUACAGCAUGUUUGUUUUGAGUGAUCCAGUUUCCACUGUGGUCCAAAAAAUAAUCUAUAUGAGCAUAACAGGGGAGGAGUGAACAACAGUAAAGAGGGUUGGCAGUGGGGAAAUGUCUUAAAUGGACACAGCUUGGUCACAGGAGAAAACUUGUUGAAGUUCACCCCUCUGCUGUGCUUAUCAGGGUCAGAAGAUGGUUACGAAGAAAAUGUUUUAUUGUCUCAAGCAGGUAUGAGUUAUUUUCUAGUAUCGCAGAGUCGUAGGGGUUGGAACUGACCUCUAGAGAACAUCCAGUCCAACUCCCCGCUAAAGCAGGUUCACCUCGAUGAAAUUGCACACAAACACAUCCAGGCGGGUUUGGAAACCUCCAGAGAAGGAGAUCCACACCCUCCCUAAGCAGCCUGUGCCAGGGCUGCCUCACCCUCACAGGAAAGAUUUUCUGUGUGUUAAAGUGGAACUUUUUUGUGUUCCAGCUUGUGUCUAUUCCCCUAGUCCUGUUGCUGGACACUAUAGAAAAAAAAAAGUGCGGCCCCAUCCUCUUGACAUCUACCCUUUAGGUACUUAGAAGUAUCGAUGAGAUAAACCCUCAGUCUUCUCUUACCUGGGUUAAACAGCCCCAGGUCUCAUAAACUGGAUUCAUAGAAUCGAUGACAAUGGGUUUUUUAGCUUAAUGAAACAAUUCAUGUUCUGUCUGCUUCUUCCACAGCCGUUGAAUAGUUUUUAAGAUUCAUUUCAUUUAGCUUAAAUAUUAUAAAAUGGCUGCAGUGUAUAACUACUCCAUUUUAUAUAUUAUGUAAAAAAGAUUGUUUUCCGUGUAAAUAAACUUUGAAGAUUAUCCUCCUUCAUAGUAAGUAUCCCAGUAAAACUGGUCUACUGGUCUUGGAGUAAAGUAUAAUAUAUUACUGGUUAAAGGUAAUUUAAUCAAGCCUGCCUUACCAAUUGUGAAGUGUGCAGAGAAAAUAGUGUCAAUUAGACUGUCAAUAUUGCCUUUUUAUCUGACUAUAUUUCUGCUGUACCUACAUUGUAUUAUGUUCUAUUCCUGUUUAGCAUUACAACUGAUCUUUAGAUAAUGUGUUGGGGUUUUCUUUAAAAAAAAGAAAAGGUCCUGUAAAGGCAACAUGGUUCUAUACAAUCAAAAUCAAAUGCUUUUAUUAAAGGAAAUUACAAAGACCUCACAUCUCUACAAUUUGUUAGACACUGGCAUUUUCCAUUGUCUUGUGUUAGAAGUUGUCUGAUAUACUAUGUUGGAGUUUUAACACCUGUAUGCUGCGGUAUUGUAUAUUUCCUUACAAAAAAAAAAGGCAGCAUGUUACAGUCCGAGCUCUCUGAGAAAGUUACACACAAACAUCACAGCUCUCCAACAUUCCAUGCCUUACCCAUGUUUUGAAACUUUACGUUUCAUACAUAGAUUCAAAGUCUGUUGGGAUUCUUCAUAGCUGCUGCUUAAAACAUGGGUGUUUCACUGAUGGGUGACCAAUGAUGGGGAUUGGCUUGUGCAGGCAGUUGAGGAGAGGGGCUCCUAACCAGUAGCUGUGGGAUUCUGCAGUAAAUUUUAGUUCAGAUUACUUUCACUUUGAGAAGCAUGAAAACAAAUUUCUCUUUUGUGUGCCCUUGUAUACAUACUAAUUGUAUUUAUGAAAUGUUCUAUAAUCCUGUAACUGUACUGUAAAUACUAUUUUAUAUUCAGUGGCAUUCUAUCCUAGGGCAGGCCCUCUUGCUAUAUCUUUUCUAUCCUCAAUUUGUAAUAGAAUCUAUAGACUAUAUGGCUAGACAGUCUGUUUAAGACUGAUGUAUCUUCUGCUGUCGCAAAGCUGUGAGUGGGAAUGAUUUAUUUAGACUAUUCAUCAAAUGGACAGUGCAGUGGGUGGUUUCUUAGAUGAUGCUGCUGUCACCCAAGAUACUACUAGGCUUUGUUUUCAGAUAUCUUUGGUGUUUCAGAUCAGACCUUCAAUCUGUUUGCUUUAAUUCAGCCAAAGCAAAAAGAUAGAAAUUGAGUCAAUGUCACAGUAAAAUGUUUGAAUGCCUAAAGAUCCUCUUGAUAAAGGCACUAUUCGACUGAUUUAUAGAUAUCUAUAUAUAUCUAUAUAGAUAUAUUCUCUGUGUGUAUAUGUGUAUAUAAUGUCUUUUUUGUAUUAUAAAUACUCUUCUGACUGUCAGUUCUUCUGGAUCCUCCAUUAAAUACAUAGACCACCGCACAAUUGCA